AUGGAUAAGAUGCUUCGCAAGCUCGGCUGGUCUGCUGCCAGACGACGCCAACAAGGAGAAAGUAGUAGAGGGAAUAACACGCACACGGUGUCGCCAAGGCCUCUUACAUUCCAUUUAUUAGAAGAAAUUACAAAUGGUUUUUCUGAGAACCGAAAACUUGGUACUGGUGCAUAUGGAACUGUUUACAAGGGGGAGCAUAAAGACGGGGAAAAGAUUGCUGUGAAGAUGCUUCAUGACAUUCUAGGACUUGACAAUGAGCAAUUUGAAAAAGAAUAUUUCAACCUUGCAGAUCUGGACCACAAAAAUAUUGUGCGAUUAGUUGGUUAUUGCUAUGAAACUCGGCGAGAAUGUGUACCUUACGAUGGAAGAAUGGUUUUUGCUGACAUAACAAAGAGAGCACUUUGCUUUGAGUAUAUGCGUAAUGGAGGUCUUGACAAAUGUCUUUCAGAUGAAACUAGUGGACAUGAUUGGUGCACACGCUAUUCAAUAAUUAAGGGGAUUUGCGAGGGUCUGAAAUACCUGCAUGAGGAACUGGAAUAUCCUAUGUACCAUUUAGAUUUAAAACCGGCCAAUAUAUUACUGGAUGAGAAACUUAUGCCGAAAAUCGCAGAUUUCGGCUUGUCAAGGUUCUUUAGAGGAGAGCAAUCGCAAAUCACAAAAAGUGCUAUAGGAACACAUGGAUACGUACCACCCGAAUACAUAGAUGCAUCUGUUCUCUCAAUUAAGUUUGACAUAUUCAGCUUGGGUGUUGUAAUUAUAAAGAUAAUGACUGGACCAAUGGGCUACUUCAGAAGUGCUGAAAUGUCUGCCAAACAAUUCAUAGAGCUUGUACGGACAAACUGGAGGAAGAGGCUACGUGCAGCAUCAGUGUAUCCGCUGGAGUCAUACUCUGAACAAGUAAAGAGGUGCACUGAAAUAGCUGUAAGUUGUGUGGAGGCUGAUCGAUCCAAAAGGCCGUCUAUAGGGGAAAUUGUGAAUAAGCUGAAUGAAACAGAGACAAUCAUUCGAAAUGAGGUAUUAGAACCAGGUGCAUUCAUAGGAAGAGCCAACAUUGCUGGUCUGGAAAAGGCUGUUGCGGUGUUAGAUACCCUUGGCAGUGGCAGGGCAAGUUCGAAUCAUCGCAGCGGGUUUCUCUAUGGGGGAAAAAAUCAAGGAAAUAAAGUCAAUGUUUUGGCAUUUGAAGUCGGAAAUACAAUAGCUAAAGCUUCCAGUUUGUGGAGAUCAUGCUCUGACGAGAGUAUAAAAGAACUGAAGGAAGAAAUCUUGCAUUCAGACGGUGUGCAAAUAUUAAUUUCCUCAAAUUCUAGUGAGCUCCUGCAUAUUGCUACUAUCGACAAGAGGGAAGACCUUGCCAUCUUUUUGAGAGAAGUAAUUCGAUUUGGUGACCUGUGUACAAACCCGAUAUGGCAUAACCUGGGACGCUAUUUUGAGAAGUCAACGAAAGAUUACAUGCCCCAGGAUCAUUCAAAAGAGCAUAUUGGAGCUACUUUCCAGCAGCUGAUUAGUUUGGCUCAAAACACUUCUGUAUGUUCUACUCCCUCCGUCCCAAAAUAA